AUGCACUAUGAUCAGCCCGAGACGCCAACAACGCCGACGUUGGACUAUGCUGAGGAGCUGGCCUUGGGCUACCACAAUCGCAAGGAGCGGUUCUUCGUCGCCCGCAACCCGGGCUAUUACGACUACCGCUACCGCUACCAGAACGUGGCUCAUCCGUGGCACCGACGGCUCGCCGUCGAGGUUCUCAACGAUCCGCUCAAGCAGAGCGAUGCUGACGCGAAUGAGGCCGAGGAUGCGGCUGCUGAGAGGGAUGGCAGUGAUGUUGUAGACGGAGAUGACAAGGGCGCAGAUAGGGAUGAUGCCUCGAGCGCCCCGGCUUCAGAAAGCCACGGCGAGCUGACCAAGAAGGCCGUCCAUCAAGUUUCAUCGUCGAUGCGCACCCCGGGGCUGUUCCAGAACGAGUUUGUCCAGCUGGCCAAGAAGACAUUUGCCCAGCAGAACAACUCGGUGACAAUCAGGUCGAUCCAGCCUGCGCGGGUCAAUCCCGGCCUGCUCAAGAGAUUUGUGACGACCGCCCUCACCAAGCGGGUCAUGCCGUCGGUGGUGGCGCAUGGGACGCAUGCCCAGAACAUGACAUCGAUCCUUCAACGCGGGCUCAUUGUGCCCGGCAGGGACGGAGUGAGCGUCGUCAACGGCUCGGCCUACGGCGUCGGCAUCUACACGGCGACCCAGCUCUCGACGCCGGCUGCCUAUGCCCGUGGCUAUGUCAACGAGCCGCAAGUUCUGAUCUGCGGCCUCAUCGACAACGCCGUCAAGCCGGAGACUAUUGUCGCACCGCUGCUUCCGCCACCAUCGCCGUCGUUGGCAACUGCGUCGUCAGAAGCCUCCAUCCCGUCGCAUCCUGUCCGUGGACACGUCGUCCGCAAGGCCCAGCGUCAGGCGGCCGCGGUUGCCAAGCGCAAUCGGUCGCACCGUGGCGCAAAGGCGCGCAACUCGAGCAAGGGAGGCAUCACAUUCGCACUGUCCGCCUCGUCCACUCCGCGCCUUGCCAGCAACGGCUCCAUCAAGCGAGUCUCGAGCUACCGCAUCAUCAACGAUGAACGGCUGGUCCUGCCGCUCGCGGUUGCCACCAUCGACGGACGCCACAACCGCUGGAGCAACACCCGCCCCAGAACCUCCACCAAGCCUCUCGACUACGCCCAGCAUCUCGAUAGCUGUGUGCAGCAGGCGCGGGCCGCCAACGUUCCGCCAUCGAACAUCCAUCCCGAGUCGCUCCUCUCCGUCCCUUGGGGACGGAUGGCGGUCUCUGCCAUCCGCCACACCCGAUCACGCCACUCUCCGCUUGUCUGCUUCUCGGUCGUUCUCCGGCUCUUCUUUGCCAUAGUGGGCGUGGUGGGGCGAGCCGGUGCUGGGCUCGUCCGCGCAGGCCGGGCCGAUUGGGCCCAGACGGCGCCUGUGCCAGCCAGCGCCGUGCUCGACGACGCCGCCAUCAAGCUCGGCUACGAUUAUCUGGUCAUCGCUACCGGCUCACGCUACGCCGAUCUCAUGCCACUGAGCGAGCGGGUGCUCCCUUGCUCGCGGGUUGAUCGGGUGGCCGCUGCAGCGCGGGCCAUUGUGGCUGGGCGGGUCACCCGUGCCAUGGUCAUUGGCGGCGGCAUCGUCGGCGUUGAGCUCGCUGCUGAGCUCGCCGAGGCGUACCCAGACUUUGAGGUGACGCUCGCGCACUCGGGUGACCAGCUGAUGUCAUCGUCACCGUCGGUGCCGCGCGCGGCUGCCGAGUAUGCCGAGCGAAGUUUGUCACUGUCUGGCGUCCGGCUGGCGCUCGGCCAUCGGAUCACGGCACUCCCGCAAGCAGCGCCUGGCGCUCCCCACCCGCUGCGCCUCGGCGCGGCCGGCACCGACAUCGAGUAUGAGUCGGACAUGGUGUUUGUCGCCACAGGCCUCCUGCCCAACACAGGCUUUCUGUCGCAGCCGGCAGCACCCGGCAAUGCUGCGCCGCUUGCGCAUGCGCUCGAUGCCAAGGGCUUUGUCACGGUCACGCCGGCGCUCAACCUCGACUCUGCGCCGCAUGUCUUUGCCCUCGGUGAUGUGGCGGCGCUGCCCGGGGAGAAGCUCGCGCAGUGUGCCGAGCUCAUGGCCGAUGUAGUGUCGGCCAACAUCUCUCGGCUGGAGCGCGGUCUGGGCGGCGAGUCGCUGCGAUCGUACACCUCGAGCCCGGUGCCGAUGAUCAUCUCGCUCGGGGCCUACGACGGCUUUGCCGUCCACCGCGGGUGGGUGGCGUACGGCCUGCUGCCCGCCAUGUGCAAGCUUGCGGUGGAGACGCUCUCGCUGGCGAUGUAUGCGCACUCGUCCAACACGUGGCUCUUUUAGCGGCGGUCUACUGCAUGGUCGGCACGUUGCCGUACGCGUCGGCGACGUCGUUGAGAA